ACAAUAACUAAAGCAUAGAAGGAAGGCUAAAAUAAGAAUUCAGAAACUAUAAACCGGCUCUCUUCUAGCUUACGACACAAACUAUGAGUGAGAAAAGGACAAAUGAUUCGCUCUUUGCUUCAUUUUUUCCGAGGUUGUCACAACAUGAAAUGUCAUUUGGACCUAUUGGACUCAUUUUAACUCGGCCAAAUACAUAGUAACAUACAUAAGAAGAUUUUACUUAUAUUUACCGAACUAUUUGACACGGUCGCGUGAACUUUGUUUACGAGUGUCUUGUGUUCAGAUUGUUUUAAGUGAUAAUUUAACAAUAUUUUUCCAAAUAAAUGGAAAGAAACUUUUAUUUAUAUCAAAUAAUUGAGUGUCUCGACUCUGUGACAUUAUGUAUUGUGUGGUAUGGGGCUGCAGCUCACAUUCAGGAAGAAAAGAAAAUAGCCAACAACUUCUGUCGUUUCAUCGUAAGAGAUAUGGCUGGGAAAGAUGAUGAGGUGAUCUGCCAGACAUUUAUGGUGAAGCGGUCUCAGAACAAGAAGCUGUUCACCCCAGUCAACUACAGAGAGCGGUGGCUGGUGCUCACACGCAGAGCACUCGUCUACUAUGAUUCAGAUAGUGAGCGGCGUAAGGAGCGCGGGCGCAUUCCGACGGAGGCGAUCCACACGGUUGAGCUGGCGCAGCUCGGUGAGAUCAGCAAGCAGAUCCCCGACAACGACGGCGACAAAAGCUCCGUUUACCCCUUUCAGGUGGGUUACACGGAGCAAAGCACGGACUACACGCUGUACCUCGUGGCAGACGAACAGACCGUGCGCCAGCGGUGGAUCCAAGCCAUCAGGACUGUGUGUAUAUCGAACGAGCGUCGGGCGGUGUACCACCCGGGGGUGUGGGCGGCGCGGCGCUGGUCGUGCUGCGACGCGGAGAAGCGCGCGGCGCCCGGGUGUCUCCCGGCCUCGCUGUGGCCGCUGCCGGAGCCCGAGCUAGACCUACUGCUGCACACACCUGAGCCGCGUCCACACACACUGACUACACCGGUGACUGCUGCGGUCACCAUGCCGGGAGGAGGCGCGCCCCCUGGCACUCCCUCGGCCAAGCCGAAGGAAAAGCAGAGAACUAACAAAGUGGUGGUCGCGCUCUACCCGUUUAAAGCGAUCGAAAGUGGAGAUCUCUCAUUAGUAAAGGGCAAAGAGUAUGAAGUAAUUGAUGAUUCUCAGGAGCAUUGGUGGAAAGUAGAGGAUAAAGAGGGGUCUGUCGGAUAUAUACCCAGCAAUUAUGUAAAGGAAAAGGAAACUAUAGGAUUACAAAAAUAUGAGUGGUACGUGGGCGAGAUGUCGCGCCAGCGCGCCGAGUCCCUCCUCAAACAGGAGGACAAGGAGGGCUGCUUCGUCGUCCGCAACUCCUCCACUAAGGGCAUGUACACGCUCUCACUCUAUACCAAAGUUAACCACGCGCAGACGAAGCACUACCACAUAAAGCAGAACAGCCGCGGCGAGUUCUACUUGUCAGACAAGCACUGCUGCCCGAGCAUCCCGGAGCUCAUCAACUACCACAAGCACAACAGCGGCGGGCUGUGCUCGCGGCUCAAGACCACGCCCUGCGACCGCCCCGCGCCCCCGACCGCCGGCCUCUCGCAUGAUAAAUGGGAGAUCGACCCCUCGGAGCUGGUGCUGAUGGAGGAGCUGGGCGCGGGCCAGUUCGGCGUGGUGCGGCGCGGCAUCUGGCGCAGCCGCAUCGACACCGCUGUCAAGAUGAUGAAGGAGGGCACCAUGUCCGAAGACGACUUCAUUGACGAGGCCAAGGUCAUGACCAAACUCCAGCACCAGAACCUGGUGCAGCUAUACGGCGUGUGCUCGAAACACCGACCCAUCUACAUCGUGACGGAGUACAUGCGACACGGCAGCCUGUUCAACUACCUGCGCCGCACCUCGCCCGACCAGCUCGGACCCUCCGUCUUGUUAGACAUGUGCAUACAGGUUUGCAAAGGAAUGGCAUAUUUAGAAAGGCAUAACUACAUCCAUCGAGAUUUAGCUGCGAGAAAUUGCUUAGUCGGAGACGAAAACGUAGUCAAAGUGGCAGACUUCGGGCUAGCGCGGUACGUGCUGGACGACCAGUACACGAGCUCGGGCGGCACCAAGUUCCCCAUCAAGUGGGCGCCGCCCGAGGUGCUCAACUACACGCGGUUCUCCUCCAAAUCGGACGUUUGGGCAUUCGGUGUCCUAAUGUGGGAGGUGUUCACAUGCGGCAAGGUGCCGUAUGGACGCAUGAAGAACUCUGAAGUGGUGGACAUGGUGCAACGGGGGCAGGUGCUCGAGAAGCCCAAGGGUUGUCUUAAUGAAAUAUAUAAUGUGAUGCGCGAGUGCUGGCGACACUCGCCGGAGGACCGGCCGUCGUUCCGGGUGCUGAAGGAGCAGCUGGGCAACGUGGCGCAGAGCGUGCUGGCCGAUUGACUGCGCCUGCUGCUGCAGCUGCUGCGGCCCGCGCCCGCCGCGCGCGCCGCCGCCACGGCCACGC